UGUAGAAAAGACAACGCGAGAACCCAGCUAAGGAAAAAGACACAAUAAGCGAACGCCGGCUAACAUUCUUCUCAUGAUGAUAUUCUCAAUGCAAUUGUGAAAUAAUAUAAUUUAGAAACAAAACAGAUAUGUAUAUGCUAAUGUAUAUUAAACACCUCUUAUUUUCUUGAUUGAAACAUAAAUCAAGCACCUCUUCUCUUUGCCAUAGAUGGAUAGGAGAUUGACCAGAGAAUCACCUAAAGGGUCUAUAAUCCUUCAAAAGAAGGUAGUAGAGUCUCAAAAACCGAUGACCAAAACCCAACAUGCACCAGACCUCACUGAUUUCAUGAAUGACAUGUUCUUUGGGACUGUCAACAAUGAUAAUAAAGAAACAUACAACUUGACUGGAAGUCGUUUUGACAAUGACGACGACGAAGAAGAAAGUUUUGAUGACAGUGUGAGAAGUAACAGUAGCAGGUUAACACAGGAGUGGAUAGAAGAGGCCAGACGCAUGGUAGCAUCAUCAACUUUGCGGUGUGACUCCCCUUCCAGGCUCGUUGGAUCACCGAGAUUUGCAGCAGCCGGCAGGAAAACGUCUUCAGUACUUGACAGGAGGGAUCCUCUCUCCAGGUCUGCUAGAAGGUAUAGAGCAGCAGAAGGCUUCAGUGGAGAAAUACUAAUAAAAUCAGCAAAACACAGUCGCAAUAAAUCAGAAACUCUAGAAAGCUUUCCCAGCUCUCCCACAGAACCAUCUCCUGCAUCUCAGGUUCAUCAGUGGUUUUCUAACAUCCUCAAACCCUCUAAUCCCGAUGACCAACCUCCCUCCUCCGCCUCCACUGAUCCAAUGGCUUUAACUGUGCCACCUCGGCCAUCAACUUAUCGCAAGUCCCGCUUUCAAACUGACCCACCUCCACCACCUUCUCCCCAAGGAGUGCCAGUCCCCUUACCACGUAGAACUUUCAAGCCAGCUCCAUUACCAGCAGACGCUCAAUUGCUCUCUCCACCAAAGAAUCUCAUUGAGUCAGCCCAUCGGAGAUCAAUAUCAUGGUCAACAUGUUCCCAACCCGAGAGUCAACCUUUGUCUCCGCCCAAGAAUCUUGUCGAGUCAGCUCAUAGGAGGUCUAUCGCGAGGUCUACUUGCUCUGUUGAGAAAAUCACUGGACCAAAGGUUAAUGUAAAUGGAUGGCAGAAGGAAGAGGAGGGAGAGAAAGGCGUUAGUCUUAAUGGGUUCCUUAAGGAGCAAAGAAUCAAGAUUGAAAAGAUCUUGAAUGGGGAAAUUGAUUCUAAGGCUAAAGUUAUCCUUUCUGGCCCUUCAAACAGCACAAGUUCAAUGAUAGCGGCGAUAUGCUAUGCAUGGCUGUUGGAAAAUAGUUUCAUGAAGAAUAAAAGGGAGAGCGAUAGUAGAGAUGGGUUUGUAGUGGUGCCUGUGAUGAACGUAAGGAGAGGAAAAAUGUGGAAGCAAAGGCAGGCUGCUUGGAUUUUCCAGCAUGUUGGCCUUGAUACUAUCUCAUUGCUAUUUGCUGAUGAGGUGGAUUUGGAGAGUCUAAUUAUGGCGGGGAAAUUAACUAUCCUUGCUGUUGGCCAAGACAUCCUCAAAACUGACAGUAAGGUUGGAUCCCAAUGCACUGUUCUUACAGAUAAUUACUGUGAAGAUGCCUAUGAUCUGCUUCAAACCCCAGUGCUCAAAAAACUUUUGCUAGCAGGUAUCCUGUUAGAUACACAAAAUUUGGAUGCAUUUACUAAAUCUUCAAUGACAAGAGAUGCAGAGGCAGUUCAGCUUCUACUAGUUGGCUCUGCCCCUAAUUACCGAAAUUAUCUUUUCGAUCAAUUAAUGCAAGAUCAAAGAGAGAGCUCUUUCUUUGAAGCCUUGAGGUAUAACUAUGGAAAGCCUCCUAGUGAAGGUAGUUUAGACAGCUCGGCUCAUAUGGAGCACAAGGGAGCAGAGAGGAAGUCGACUUCAGUCCCUCACAAUGAAGCUACAGUACGAAAUGCAAAUAAUAACUCUAAGGAUGCGAAAAAUGCAAAAGCUGACAAGGAAACACCAAAACAAGCCAUACCAGCACGAGCACGAGCAGCCCCUGAUGCCUCUCGCGGAAAGAAUAAAUUCUUCCUGGCAAAAUGGUUUGGUUUUGGAAAAUAAUGACAAAAUGUCUGCAUCAAUCUUUUUUAUUUAUUUUAUUGUAGAUUCCAAUGUAGUAAGAACCUUAGUAAUUUUUACAAGACUAGAGAAUUAUUCUUUGCAGGAUUGAAAUAGCCAAACAUCAUAAGGUCACAGUCAUGGCUGCUUUGUCUAUUUUACUGUUAUUAUUAUUUUUGUAUCAGAAUAUCAGAUAGUAACAUUGAAAAGUACUAUUUAGUUACUCAUCAA